AUGCGGGAGCUGCUCGUUGCUGUACUCGGCGGCGGCUGUUUCAUCAGUAUAGACUGCGGGCUACAGGGAGAGGAGAGCUAUGUCGACGACAACACUAAGCUGUUGUACGUCACUGAUGCUGGCUUCACCGACACUGGCAUACCUUACAACAUCUCGGCUGAGUACUUCGGGCCGCGGCUCUCCAAGCCCGUCCAAAGCCUACGAAGUUUCCCCGAUGGUGUGCGCAACUGCUACACGCUACGGUCACUGGUGCCCGGUCUCAAGUACCUGUUCCGCGCCACGUUUCUCUAUGGCAACUACGAUGGCCUUAACAAGCGACCAGCGUCGUUCGACCUCUACAUCGGCAUCAACUUCUGGACUGCGGUGAACACGACAUUGUGGGGGUCGGACCAGGGCAACACGUGGGAAAUAGAGGCCAUCGUCAUCGUCCCGGAUGAUGUGGUGCAGGUGUGCCUGGUGAACACCGGCGACGGGACGCCCUUCAUCUCCGGACUGGACGUGAGGCCGCUGAAGAUGUCGCUCUACCCGCAGGUGACCGCGGUGCUGGGGCUGGUCCUGCUAGGCAGAGUAAACUUUGCCCCAAUAAAUAAAACAGUCACCCUCAGGUACCCCGAUGAUCCAUACGACCGGCUCUGGUACCCGUCUUUUGAUGCCACGAUCUUGGCAGAGAUGUCGACUAAGGAGAGCGUGGGAACCAUCGGCUCUUUCGAGGUGCCCACGGCAGUGAUGCAGACGGCGGGCACACCGCGGAACCCCUGGGAAAACAUCGAGUUCUACUGGGACGCGCAGCCCCAACCCAAAAACCCUACACCAGGGUAUAUCGCCAUCUUGCACUUCUCCGAGCUGCAGCUCCUCAAUGGCAGCAAUGGCGAGCUGCGCGAGUUCAACAUCAAUCUCAACGACAACCUCUGGCACGCGGGCUACACGCCAUAUUACCUCUUCAGUGGCUACCUUUACAGCGAAUCCCCCAGCCGGGAGAGCGGCUACAACUUCUCCAUCGAGGCCACAACCAGCUCCACGCUGCCGCCCAUCAUCAACGCCGUCGAGGUGUACUCCGUCAUCCCCACCACCAACCUUGGCACCGACAUCCAAGAUGCAUUUGCCGCCAUGUCAAUCAAGGCCAAGUACAAGGUGCAGAAGAACUGGAUCGGUGACCCGUGCCUUCCCAAGACUAUGAUGUGGGAUAGGUUGACCUGCAGCUCUAAGACUGCCAACCCUUCAAGGAUAACUACCAUAAAUCUGUCCUCAAGUGGCCUGAUUGGUGAUAUAUCGUCUUCCUUCGCAAAUUUCACGGCUCUCCAAUACUUGAAUUUGUCAAACAACAACUUGACAGGCUCAAUUCCAGACGCCCUUUCACAAUUACAAUCGUUGAUAGACAUAGAUUUGUCUGGCAACCAGCUCAAUGAAUCGAUCCCCCCUGGACUUCUCAAAAGAAUUCAAGAUGGCUCCCUGAACCUAAGGCAUGGCAACAAUCCAAACCUUUGUACCCGUGACAAUUCAUGCCAGCUUGCUGCUAAAAGGAAGAGCAAACUGGCUAUCUAUGUUGUUGUCCCCUUGCUUGUCAUUGUGGCGAUAGUAUCAGUUGCAGUCCUAGUCUUGUUCUUGCUAAGACGGCGAAAGCAGCAACAAGGAUCAAUGAACAAUAGGACAAUAAUAAAGGCGCAGAACGAGGAGGAAAUGUCAACGAACCAUGGCAAUGAUAGUGAUUCGCUGCGACUAGUCGAGAACCGCCGGUUCAUGUACAAGGAACUCGAGUUAAUAACCAAUGGCUUCGAGCGAGUGCUUGGCCAAGGAGGGUUCGGCCGUGUCUAUGAUGGCUUCAUGGAGGAUGGUACUCAAGUGGCGGUGAAGUUGCGGUCUCAUUCCUCUAAUCAAGGCGUCAAGGAGUUCCUCGCAGAGGCUCAGAUUCUAACCCGGAUUCAUCACAAGAAUCUUGUGACCAUGAUUGGGUACUGCAAGGAUGGGGAGUAUAUGGCUCUUGUGUAUGAGUACAUGUCGCAAGGAACCCUCCGAGAGCACAUUUUUGGUAUGACUACCAGUUCCGAUUGUUUACCUUGGAGACAGAGGCUCCGGAUCGCACUUGAAUCUGCACAAGGGUUGGAGUAUCUGCACAAGGGAUGGAACCCGCCUAUUAUCCAUAGGGAUGUCAAGGCCACCAACAUCUUGCUGGAUGCUAGACUGGAGGCCAAGAUCGCAGAUUUUGGCAUGUCUAAGGCCUUCGAUCACCACAAUGAAAAUUACAUUUCAACAAAUACAUUUGUCGAUACACCCGGAUAUGUGGAUCCAGAAUACCAGGCGACAAUGCAACCCUCAACCAAGAGCGAUGUAUACAGCUUUGGUGUGGUCCUGCUAGAGCUGGUCACUUGGAAGCCGGCCAUCCUCUCGGAGCCAGAGCCCACGAAUAUUAUCCAUUGGGUGCAACAACGGCUAACGCAAGGCAACAUCCAGGGUGUGGUGGACGCACAGCUGCAUGGCGCUUACAAUGUCAAUGGAGUGUGGAAGGUAGCGGAGAUCACACUCAAAUGCACCACACAGGCAUCGGUGCAGCGGCCUACCAUGGGCGACGUGGUGGCGCAGUUACAUGAGUGUGUGGAGCUCGAGGAGAGCCGCACCCGUGACUUCAACUCCGGUGGAAGCAGCAGUAAUUACUCAAGCUGGAAUUAUAAUGCUUAUGGCAGUGGGCACUCCACUAAUGUGAGCAGCAAUUCUGCAUUUGGGAUGGAACUGAGGAUGCCAACGGUGGCCACCGGUCCAGGUCCUAUUGCACGCUGA